ACUGCUGUCCCCCCUCUCUCUUUGCUGCAUACUUUAUUUUAGGUUGACAGAUCCUCUCGUGACUUGAAAAGGAUGUGGAGAGCUGGAGUAGACAUUAAGACUAUUACUAACACUGAGGACGAUGACGAUUGGGAAACUGAUCCAGACUUUGUGAAUGAUGUGUCAGAGCAAGAGCAAAGGUGGGGGGCAAAGACUGUCUCUGGUUCAGGAAGACAGGAAGGAGUGAGUAUGAAGGCUCUUCGAUCAGAUGUACAAAAGGAAGACAAGGAAGUUAAGAGCACUUCGGUACACGCCUCUCAAAAAGAUGCAGCAAAAGGUUUCGGUGGAAAAUACGGUGUAUUGAAAGACAGACAAGAUAAGUCUGCUGUUGGUUUUGAGUAUCAAGCUGAUCUCAGUAAGCAUACUUCACAGACUGAUGCUUCCAAAGGGUUUGGGGGCAAAUAUGGAGUACAGAAGUCCAAUAAGGACAAAAGUGCUUUGGGCUGGGACUAUCAAGCUGAUCUCUCCAAGCACGAGUCACAGACUGAUGGUGCUAAAGGUUUUGGAGGAAAGUUUGGAGUUCAGAGAGUGCAAGACAAAUCUGCUGUUGGCUGGGACCAUCAGGAGCAACUGUCAAAGCACGAGUCACAAACCGAUUCUUCAAAAGGUUUUGGAGGAAAAUAUGGAGUACAGAAAGUUCAAGAUAAGUCUGCAGUUGGUUGGGACCAUCAAGAGCAGCUCUCAAAGCAUGAGUCACAGACUGAUGGAUCUAAAGGAUUCGGAGGAAAAUAUGGUGUACAGAAAGUCCAGGAUUCAACUGCAGUUGGUUGGGACCACCAGGAAGAACUCUCAAAGCACGAGUCACAGACAGACGCUGCCAAAGGAUUCGGUGGCAAGUACGGAGUGCAAAAGGACAGACAGGACAAAUCUGCCGGAGGAUUUGACGACAUGCAAGAUGUGGGAUCCUCUUACAAGACUGAUCGGGGUGGGGCUAAGGGUCAGACUGGAAGUAUAAAAGCUCGUUUUGAGCAAAUGGCCAACAAAGAGCAAGAGGAUGCAUCACGUCGUGCCGAUGAAGAGAAGCAAAGAAGACUCGCUAGAGAGAAAAGAGAGAGAGAGGAUCAGGAAAGGAGGCAGAGGGAGCAAGAGGAGAGGGAGCAGAGAGAGCAAGAAGAAGAGCAACAGCAGCAAGAAGAAGAAAAAGAGGAAGAUGAUGGAGGAUAUCAACAAGAUACAGAACCGACUUAUGAAUUGGCAGGAGAGGAGGAGCCACUAGAAGAAGAGCAGGGGAUUUACGACAAUACAGCCGUCGAGGAACAGCCAGAGGAAAUAGACCAGCCCCUUUAUGAUGAUGUGGGAGCCCAGGAAGAACAGGAGAAUAUAUAUGAUACAGCUACUGAUGACCCACCUGCAGCUGAAGCUGAUUAUGGAAAGAGAGCCCAAGCAUUGUAUGACUAUCAAGCUGAGGGUGAAGAUGAGGUCACAUUUGAUCCGGAUGACAUUAUAGAGGAUGUGGAAGAGGUCGAUGAAGGAUGGUGGAUGGGCACUGUCAAUGGAAAGAGAGGUCUCUUCCCUUCUAAUUAUGUUGAACUCAUUUAAUUUUUUAAAAGACAUUGUCUUGAUUUUAUAAGGUUUUGUGUCGUGUUUUCACUCACUCACUCGAUAA